CUUAUCAUCUUCAAGCAGACAUUUCCUCCCCGAUUCAGUGUCGCUCUUCCGCACAUUACCUCACCCUUCAUCCCUCCAGGCGUCAGACGGCACCCAAAGGUCCCUGACUCGGACAUCUCUUUGAAUAUUUGAGUCAUCUCAUACACCAGAGGAUGUGCAUGUUAAAACAGAAACACAGACAACCCACUUUCCUAUUGGUCCACUGUGUUUCUCACUCUGAGUCCACCAACGGAGCAGCAGACGGAGGCGACAGCGAUGUGUGAGGCACACAGAGAGAGUUUUAAUAAUACACCAUAAUAAAUAAUACAACAUGGGAAAGCUUCUUCUCUUUCUACUGGUCGCUGCUCUCUGUCUGAGUGCUUCUCUUCAAAGGAAAGAGAAAUGGAGAAACAGAGCGCGCAGCAGCAAUAGCUCGGAGGUCGCGGUCCGCGAGGCCCAGAAUGUUUCUCGGCGAUUCUUUUCAGCCCGACUUCUUCCUCCCGACGCUGAAUGGGACUCGAGCUCCCAUUUCAUCUCAUUCCCCUCCGGCACUGCGUUACCUCGGCAACGGCACAGCCGGCUACCUCCGCGGCCCCCUGAGCACGCGGGUCAUCCCCGUGGUCUACAUGCUGGUCGUCGCCGUGGGGAUCCCGGCCAACGUCGCCAUCUUGUGCACGCUGGCCUCGAAGGUCAGGAAGGUGUCCUCCGCCAUCCUCUACAGCAGCCUGGCCGUCUCCGACCUCUUCCUCCUGCUCUCCCUCGUCAUCAAGGCCCUCUACCAUUUCCACGGAAACCACUGGGUGCUCGGGGAGGCCGCCUGUCGGGUGGUCACCGCCUGUUUCUAUGGCAACCUCUACUGCUCGACCCAGACGCUGGCCUGCAUCAGCGUCAAGCGCUACCUGGCCGUGGUGCACCCGUUCAUGUACAAGAGUCUCCCCAAGAGGAUGUUCACAGCCUGGGUCAGCGUGGCCGUGUGGGGGGUGUUCGGCGCCGCCGUCGUCCCCGAGCUGCUGGUCCGGCAGAGCUACUGGAUCCCCGAGUUGGGCCGCGUCACCUGCCACGACGUCCUGGCCCCUGCGCCAGACUCCCACUUCUUCCUGCUCUACUACAACCUGUUCCUCACCGUCUUCGGCCUGCUGGCGCCGCUGGUGGUCCGCGGUGGCGUGCUACGGCCGGAUCGUGCGCUAGAGCUGAACCGGUCGCACCACGACUGGUCGAUGUACGUCAAGGCCAGCUCGCUGGUGUUCGCCAUCUUCCUGCUGUGCUUCGCCCCCGCCGGGGCGCUGCACUUCCUCCAUUACGUGCAGCUGUUUUCGGACUGGACGGAGAGUUUGUACGUGCACUUUAAUGUGGCGGUUUUGUGCUGCCUGCACGCCUGUCUGGACCCCUUCCUCUUCCUGCUCAUGUCCAAGUCUUCAGGCUCCAGCCUUUACUUCAGGGCCUUCAAGGGCAAGACCCUCAGCCUGUCUGUGUAAGGGGGACCGGAACCAAAAACUGUUUUCUCUGUGGCUGGACUCCAGAGAGAAAGCAGAAGGACCCCUGAGUGUGUUCACGACGAACAAGUUACGUGUCACAUUACAUGUGCUCUCUUUAAAAGUAGAAUUAAUAUUGUUGUGCAGCAAUAUAGUUCAUGUGUGUGUGGAGUCAGAGAGAAGACAGAUGUGUGAAUGUAUGUUACGUGUGUAAAUAAUGAAAAGAGAAAAAAAUGCAUUUAUGUAUCAAACACAUGAUCAUUAAUGUGUUUUUUUAAAUAUAUAUUUGUAUUCUGUUGAGUUUGGGGGACACAAAUCAAACACAAGUUUUUUUCUUCUUCUUCAUAUUUGAGUUGAAGUCCCGUGAUGAGCAUUUAUUUAUGCAUUCAAGUUUAUAACUGACAAGAACUAACACGAAACAGACUGAACAUGUUCUCUGUGUUCUCCGUAUGUGUGUGAAGCAACAAUGAAGUCAAACAUAAACUUAUCGAAGUCCCCGACGUA